CUUCUCUCGUUCCAUUCCCUCCCUCUUCAACAAUCCAAUCCUGCAGUUUCCCGAGAUUCAACCUCGCUCCCUUUUUCAGACCAUAUUUUCUACAAUUAUAAAAUUGUUAUCAGUAAUAAUGAACGCCCUUUCCUUCUUUUGCAAUACAGCGCGUUGAUUCCUGACAGCACACACAAACAUUGGAAACCAACCACUCUCCCCCAGUCCAGCAAUUUCCCUCCUCUAUUAAAAAGCUUUCAGGUCAACCCUUUAACAUUCAUACAAACUCACCGCCAUUUUUUUUCUCUCAGAGACCCAUCUGCAGAAGCUCAUGGAGGAGACCUUCGUUCCCUUCCAAGGGAUCAAGAACGAUCUCCGGGGAAGGUUGCUCUGUUACAAGCAGGACUGGACUGGCGGCAUCCGAGCUGGUUUCAGGAUUUUGGCUCCCACCACUUACAUCUUCUUCGCUUCUGCAAUUCCGGUCAUCUCCUUUGGCGAACAGCUCGAGAGGAGCACCGGUGGAGUUCUGACGGCGGUUCAAACCCUGGCAUCCACUGCCCUCUGCGGAAUCAUACACUCCAUCAUCGGAGGCCAGCCGCUGCUGAUACUCGGAGUGGCAGAGCCCACCGUGAUCAUGUACACGUUCAUGUUCAAUUUCGCCAAGGAGCGGCCCGAGCUCGGACCCAACUUGUUCCUCGCUUGGUCUGGCUGGGUGUGCGUGUGGACGGCGCUUCUGCUGUUCGCGCUGGCAAUCCUCGGAGCAUGCUCCAUCAUCAACAGGUUCACCCGCCUGGCAGGGGAAUUGUUUGGCCUCCUCAUAGCUAUGCUCUUCAUGCAACAGGCAAUUAAGGGACUUGUGGACGAAUUUCGGAUUCCGGAACGUGAGGAUCCAGAAUCUGUGCAAUUCAUCCCUUCCUGGAGGUUCGCCAAUGGGUUGUUCGCCCUGGUUCUGUCGUUCGGCCUCCUCCUAACUGCGUUAAAGAGCCGGAAGGCAAGGUCUUGGCGCUAUGGCUCUGGCUGGUUGAGGAGCUUAAUUGCAGACUAUGGAGUGCCCUUAAUGGUUUUGGCAUGGACAGCUGUGUCUUACAUACCAACUAAAAGUGUACCUCAAGGGAUUCCUCGACGACUUUUCAGCCCGAAUCCAUGGUCCCCUGGUGCUUAUGAUAAUUGGACAGUCAUUAAGGCAUCGCAGGAAAUGAUGGACGUUCCUGUUCUGUACAUAGUUGGGGCUUUCAUACCUGCAACCAUGAUUGCUGUGCUGUACUAUUUCGACCACAGUGUAGCUUCCCAGCUUGCUCAGCAGAAAGAGUUCAACUUGAGGAAGCCAUCUUCGUACCAUUACGAUUUGCUCCUCUUGGGAUUCUUGACAUUGUUGUGUGGUCUGCUAGGGAUUCCGCCGGCAAAUGGAGUCAUUCCACAGUCCCCUAUGCACACCAAAAGCUUGGCCACUCUCAAACAACAGGUAAUUGUCAUUCAGAAGGUGUUAUAUAUGCAGUUGCUACGAAACCGGCUAGUUCAAGCAGCUCGAAGGAGCAUCAGAAACAAUGCAAGCUUGGGACAACUAUAUGGGAACAUGCAAGAAGCCUAUCAAAAUAUGCAAACCCCUCUAAUCUACCAGCAGCCUUCGCAAGGUCUGAAGGAGUUUAAGGAGUCGACCAUCCAAACAGCUACCUGCACGGGGCAGAUCGAUGCCCCAAUCGACGAGACAACGUUCGACAUAGAGAAAGAGAUCGACGAUCUACUACCCGUCGAGGUGAAAGAACAACGGGUCAGCAACCUGCUCCAAUCGGCCUUGGUUGGAGGUUGCGUUGCAGCCAUGCCAUUGCUCAAGAGGAUUCCCACCUCAGUCCUUUGGGGAUACUUUGCCUUCAUGGCCAUUGAGAGCCUGCCAGGAAACCAGUUUUGGGAGAGGAUCCUGUUGCUCUUCACAGCUCCAAGCAGGAGAUACAAGGUUCUUGAGGAUUACCAUGCCACAUUCGUCGAAACGGUGCCCUUUCGGAGCAUUGCAACCUUCACCAUCUUCCAAACUGCAUACCUGCUGGUGUGCUUUGGUCUCACAUGGGUUCCAAUCGCCGGCGUUAUGUUCCCUCUCAUGAUCAUGCUUCUGAUCCCGGCGAGACAGUACCUUCUGCCGAAAUUCUUCAAAGGUGCACACUUGCAGGACUUGGAUGCAGCAGAGUAUGAGGAGGCUCCUGCCCUGCCAUUCACUCUAGCAACAGAGACAGAGCUGGGGGCUGGUGCUGCAAUGGCAGGGGACAGUGAGAUUCUGGACGAAGUCAUCACUCGCAGCCGCGGCGAGUUCAGGCACACAAGCAGCCCCAAGAUCACAAGCUGCACGGGGACACCAACAGCUCUUGAUCACAGAGGCAACUUGAGCCCCCGGAGCUCGGUCACAUACAGCCCUCGGGCGAGUCGGCUGAAAGGGGAGAGAAGUCCUAAAUCUGGUGGCAGAACGCCAGGGAGUCCCUGGACCAUAAAUGGAGCGGAUUCGAGGAUGUCGAAUUUGGGGAAGAGCCCUUCUGCUUCCUCGGAGAAAUGAGUUUCAGAGAUGGGGUGGGGUUUUACUUUUACUACAGAAUUUGCAUAAUCGUAGAGCUAAAGAGUUUGAAUGGCUCCAAAGUGUAUAUGAAAAUAGUGAUCGUCUAUAAGAGGAG